CCUGCACUUCCUCUUAGCAACGGUCCUUAGAAACAAAAGCAGAGGGAGCGAGCUCAUGGCGGACUGUCAUUAACAACAACAUGGAACAUCAGGAGAGGGCGACAACAUCUCAUUUAUCCAAAGAGGACGAUGGGAGUCGGCCCUCUGGUGAAACACAACCAGAGGCUGAAAGUGAAAGUGGUGUUUGUCAGGAUCAGAGACAGGCCGGUGCCAGAGUCAACGACUGGGAGCUUCAACAGUCACACAGAGGAGCUUUGCACAUGGAAUUUCAGGACAGUAACCKGUCUCCAGCCCUCCCGCUUCUAUCUGUAGCCUCAGAAGAGGAACACAACUUCACUGGAUAUUCCUUUUCCCAGCAAAGUCAUACAGAUUUUGUUCCUUUAAGGGCGUAUCCUGAUGUUUCCGUGGCAUCAGAAAGAUUUGGUGUUCCUCCCCAGGACUGCACCACUCCCUCCAUGGAGCGCAGCUCUUUGUCUCAGUACCCUUUAACUCAGGCAACAAUCCUUUCUGAAGAGAGCUGCUUCACUCCAUCUCAGCAGAGUUUAUCAUCUGAAAACAAAACCACAGAAAAGGAAAUGUCUCACCUGAGUACCGUUACCGAUAAUGAACCAGGAAUACAGUCAAGAGAAGGUGCCGGUAGCAAGGAGAGGGAGUCGGAGGCACAAACUAACCUUACAGACAAGCAAACAGGUGGCGUUGUUGACGAUGAGAUUUUCUUCCUGAGGAAAGAUGUUCCUGCUCAGCAUCUUCUGGACCUUUUACAGAAAGAAGUCGGUUUGCGAAGCAGCAGCAGUAGUUCUGUGUCUUCUGAGCUUCGAACCUCCACAGAGGGUACAGACGAGUCCAAGAACGCUGAAGGUGGCAAACCUUUUCCAGAUGAAAGCUUGGUUAAAAGAGAAGGUCCUCCAGGUGAAGCUCAUCUUUUCCAGAAACAGGCAGAACAAUCUGAUCAGUCAGCAGCUCUGUCAGCAGAGGUCGGUAACAUCACCACGGGUUCCCGCAGCACUCAGCCUGAUGAGAGCAGUGAGCUGUUACACAAACAGCUGCUGUCUGAAGCACAGAGACUGAGCAGACUGGAAGCUGAACGUAACAAAAAACAGCAAGUCGUUCUGACGCCACCGUGUCCGUUGUUCACGCCGUCCCUCCGAAGUGUUUCUGAAAGGAAACCGAGUGGGAACUCAAACCCUGCUAGUCUGCAGAGGAUGGGAUCAUCGUCACCAGAUGCUGAAUGCACUCACAAAGAACAGAACCUCUCAUCACAGAGCCAAACGGGAUACGAUGGGUCCUACCUGACUUUCCUUCCACAGUCUCAGUCUACUCCAGGACUUGGUAUGGCUCAGUUGAAACCCAGUGUCAAGACUAAAUUAGGUCAACUUUCAGCCGUAGAAUCUGAAAAGGAGAACUUGUAUCAGUCGAGCACAGGGAUCACUCCACAGCCAGCCGGCCCAAACGUUGACGCCCGUCUUCCAGAAGAUGAAGCUAAUUGGUGUGAUAAAGAUGCUCCGCAGACUUCAGCAGAGGUCCAGUUUCUCCCAAGACUCAACUAUAUACAGAAAAUCGAUGCUUGGAGGGCGAAACAGAACAAUAGCCCGGCGCUGGAAGAACUUGAUGGCAUCUCUUCUAAAAACAAAGCUCACGAUGCAGCGUCCAACCCUUCAAACCAAAUGACUCAACAAGCCGGGACUUUACGACGGCCUUCUGUUACAGGUGCAGCCACUCACAGCUCCUCCUCAGCGCCCUCCGGCUCCUCUUCUCCAAGGAGAGGGGAGGCAGUGGGCGGUGCUCUGUGUGACAGGGAGAACCGGGGGUCUGCAGCACCACCCUCACCCUUUGGCAGGUCCCAGUCCCACUCCUCUCUCAGCACAGUCGUUCUGUCGAUCAGUAAGCACCAACAGACAGACGUACCUCCAGCAGAAGAGAGGACUCAGAGUCAGGAUGAUGCUCCACAUCAUCAUCCUCAUUCCAGCGCCGCAAUCCAACCUUCACCUGUCCUGAACCUCGGCCACUUCAGUGAUGUGUCAUUCGAUCAGACGCUUUCAAGUUCCCAGGAUAGUUACAGUGAAGUUAAAGUAGCAGCUUCUGUUGGCACGUCCUCUGUUGUCAGUCUGGAGCUGGACCAUUACGCUCCCUACUGGACCUCAAAACAUUCAACUCCACCUCCUCCCAAGUCUCAAGAGCUCAACAUCGAUGAACGGAUUCCGCUGUAUCUUCAAAACCUCGGGAUAGACCAGACCCCUUCAAAGAUUUUGACUCCGUUUGCACCCAGAGGACCGAUUAGAGAACCUGAAUUUUCUCCCACUGAUCUCGUUACAAUUAAAGGAUCGACCGGGACCCCUUCGAGGAGCACUCAACCCUCUGAGGGAGGCAGUCCCCAUAAAGAAGAGUUCUCCAGGUCCAGCAUUCUGUCAGUGGGCUCCAGUGUGUCCAUACCAUUUAGCCUGGACAGCCUUGGUCUGGCUGUGUCUGUCCCAGAGCAGGUCAGAGCGAGGAUGGUCUCUCUAUCAGAAAUGGAAGCUAUUCAGAGUGAAAGCAGACUGGCACCUGGCUCUCAGCCUCAUGAAGGGUUCCAGUUCUCCUCACUGCAGCCCAGCCAGCAUCAAAGAGACGGCAGACAAGCUGUCAGUCAACCUGCAAAUCGCCCUGACUCUGAUACCUCACUGACUCUUAAGUCAAGGGUUGUAGAAAACAACUCAAACUCACCUUUCCAGAGCAGCCAAAGUGUGGAUGAAGAUGCAGAAAAGUCCUUUGUCAGCACCAACGCCGUGUCAGAGAUCCAUAAACUACUCUCUCACGCAGAGAACAUCAUAUCUACUGGAUCUUCUGCAGCCUCCUCAGCUGCUUUACCAAACCCACUCUUCUCUCACGAAGACAUUUUCAAAUCACCACGUCCCAAAACCAGCAGGAUCCAGAACUCUUCGUUUGCCUGCAGCUCAGCAGACAGAGACCUCAGAACUUGUUCCUCACUGCUGUGUAGAAGGUCUUCAUCAGACUCCAUGCUUGCCUCAGAGAAAACAAGGCAAACCUCUGUUGGUCGUGAGAGUAUGACCUCAUUUCUUCAACCCAAUAACUCAACACAAGCUGCUGCUGCUGUACCGUACAUGCCACACGGUGGCGCUGUGGGUAGUAACGUAGAGACGUCUCUCGCCAAAUCAGCCCGGAGGACGGAGCCUGAGGGCUGCAGUGCAGUACCCCCUGAUAACAUCCCAACACAGCCUCAAGUUAUGAAGCCUUCAGCAGCUUCCAGCAUACAGCAGCCUAACUCCCCUUCAUCAGACAGAGGGGAGGUCUCAGAGGAGGAAGACAGUCCUUCACGUCCUGCCGCACAGAGUUGCUCCUCUUCCUCUGUCACUGAGGAUGCUGAUCAGGAGCCACUGAGUGAUGGGAGCAGUGAGAGCUCACUCACACUUAGAGUGGCCAAAUUACUACAAAGUGAAUCUCCAGCCACCGUGAUGUCCAGUACGCCCAGCGUCACAGAGCAGGAGGAGAACAAAACCAAAGAGUGGCUGAAGCUGAAUGUAUUGACACAGCAGUGUGAAUUACAGCAGCUGAGCACAGAAGAUCGAGAGCGCAUUGAGGAGAUCAAAAAGGAGCUGUUGUUAAGAAACCCUCUAAAGAGCCAAGGGAGCACCGAUACAGAGAGCAGUGCAUCGUCCAGUCUUCAAACCAAUAAUCCUCUUCAGUCUGUAAAGAUGUUUUUCACCCAUCCUGAUGUGGACAACCAGCACCACCUCAGUCUGAGGCACCCAGAGUCUCACACUAAGCCUCAGAGCACCCAUCACUCUGAGUUAGAGGCCCUGGUGUGUGAGAUUGCUGCCAGAGAAGGUGUAACCCUCGCWACAAAACAACCUCGGACUUUUCCAUCCAUCACUUCAUCCGCCCGCAUCACUGCUUCCUCUGCGCCUCCCAUCAGCCCAGCCCCACUCCCACUGCUCAUAACAGAGCUCCCCACAGAACCAAACACACCCGUUGUCACCGACCAGUCAUUUCCACCACGUAUGGAUGAAGAUGAAGGUGAAGUGGCUGCUUUAGCACAAACAAACAGCGAACAACCAUCUGUUUAUGAAGCAGGUAGCAGUUUCCAAAGCAGGAACCAAAGUGUGACUUCUCAGUCCAAUCUAAAGAACUUUAGACAGGAUUUAGAUAAAACAGAUGCAAACGUUCGACCUGACAGUGCGCCGUCCUUCAGUCACCACGAGGAGUCAUCAAAUCACACCAGCGUUGUUUCAGGUGUUGUUCAGAAACCAAAUCCUGGGUCCACUGCUAGGCCAGGUCACGUGUCAAACGUCCACACCUCUGCAUCUGCUGCCAUGUCUGCUCCACCUGCUGCUGCUGCAGGGCUGCCUCAGCAGCUCCUCGUUACUCCCAGAGACCCAGCUUCAGCUGCCAGCAGUCCGGAUGAAGGUGUCGGCUCGUCCAGCCCACCAGAGUGGUACCACAGAGAGCCCGAACCAUCUGAUACCUUCAACACGUUUGAAACUGUUGUGGCUCAGAGACGGGCGACAGCAGCAGCAUCCCUCAAACGGCAACACAAAACUGAAGCAACUGCAGGAAGUCCCACUGCUGGAACACCAGUUCCUGUGCUGCUGCCUUACAAACCUCGUGGCAGUGAAGAGCUUUUCUAUGUUCCCCAAACAGAAGCUGAUGGUUCCUCAGCAGAGCAGUCUGACACCACAAUGGAGAGCACCCACACAGGCUCUGACGACGCCGUGCCUCCACACUUCAGCAGCGACGUCCUCGGAAGCAAGGACCYGGGGUUGGACCGUGGAGUCACGUUCAGACACGCAGAGGGGAUCUACAGCAAGAGGCUGAAAGCAGGCACCUUUAAAAUGCAAAGUCCUGAACUCAGAGUUGAUGCCUCAACAAACUUCACCCGAGCGCCUCCACAGAACCACAAAGUCUCCACAAGAGACCAGGGCACCAGCCCAGUCCAGUACCCCCAACACAGACCACCAGAGACCAGUCCUGAGAGAUUUCACCGGCUCCACAUAGAAACUGUCCAACCCCCGGUCUCCCAGAGGAGAGGAGAGCCAGACCUCCCUCAGCUGGACCCCGCACAGAGCAGCAGAACUCUGGACCACCUGUGGCAGAGGUUCUGUCAUCAGUGGACAGCAGAGGUGUCCCAUCCUGCCAGAGACAGAGAGGCUUCACUGCUGAUGCGCUUGGAGCGCCUGUCUCGUCUUCUUCAUCACACAGAGAGCGACGCACAGGAGGGGCGGGGCUAUCAUGUAGAGGGGCCGCUCAGGAGGACUCGGAGGAGCAAACGUGAUGUCUUCACAGAGGAGGGGACGGUCGGAGAACCUCACGUUCACCGUGGGCUGCAGGUGGGAGAAAACGAUGGCCAUGCCUCCAGCUCCUCCCGGACCCCCCAGCUCUCGCCAGCAGACAGAGACGAGUCGGAGACCUCAUCGGCCGUGUCGGGCUCYAUGUCCACCGUGGACACGGCGCGACUGAUCCGAGCCUUCGGACCCCACCGGGUGCAGCGCCUGAAAAGCAGCUCCAGCCUCAGUAAGCUGUACGGCACCAUCAACAAGCAGCAGCAGAGAGAAAGAGACACAGAUCGACUUCAUGACGUCGCUCCAUCACACACUGGCACCGACCAAUCCGUUGCUCCUGAUUCAGCAUCAUCAUCAUCAUCAUCAUCAUCCAGCACGGUCCCGUCACACCACGGACCUUCCAGAGCUCUGACAGCCAAGAGGAAAGUAAAACUGGUCAGCAAAAGUGUGCAGACAGGUGACCUGGAGGCUGUGAGGAACGGGACUCGCCGACACACCAGAGAUGUUGGAACCACGKUUCCUUCUCCUGGUGAAGCCAGAGCUUCAGGGCAGAUCUCCUCCUCCUCUUCGUCGGACACGGUGAGAGGAAGAGGAGGGCGAAUGAGUCCGUCUAAAGCUCACAGCAACCAAAUGCAAAGAAAGAAGAGGAGCCCCUCCAAGCCGUACCCUAAAGGGGUUUCAUGGUUCAUCUCUGCUGACGGCCUGAGGUCAGAGACGAGGAAGGAGAACCGUCCGGCUGCUUGCUGGAGCCGGAGCACGGCCUGGUUUGAACCCUACAGCAGGGUCAGUCCAUGGAGAGCCCCCCUCAGACAGAAACAGCUCCACGAGGACAGAGACCACCAGUCCCGUUUGACAGAUCCACCUGAGCCUGAUCCAGCUCCUAAAACCAGAACAGUGUCCUCUGGUCUCGUACGGGUCUCUCUGCAGGAGUCUUUGAUGAUGCACCGACCAGAGUUCAUCUCCCGGUCCAGGCAGAGGCUGAUGCGUCUGGCUCURCAGAGGCAGGAGAGGAGGCUUCAGGCUGACUUCAUCACAGAGAGGAACCUGUUCAACCAGCCCGGGAGGCCCGCCAGGCUGCCAAAACCUGCAGGUCUGCAGAGCACUGCUCUGCUGAAGAGAGCUGUUCCCAGGAAGGAGAUGAUCCAGAGGUCCAAACAAAUAUAUGAGACUCUACCAGAGGUGCGAGAGAGGAGAGAGGAGGAACGAAGGAAAGCAGAGUAUCAGUCCUACAGACUGAACGCCCAGCUCUACAACAAGAGAAUCACAAACCGUGUUCUGGGCAGAAGAUCAGCGUGGCACUGAGCAAACAUGAGUCAUGUGAAGAUUUGAUUUUAUUGUUAAAGCAAAAAUAAAUCAACACAGUUUGACCCAAAAAUAUUUUAUUUAUUUUUCUGCAAAUGUUGUCUUUUUUUAAUCAUGUUGUAAAAUAGAAUUACCAGUAUCACUGAGAUUUUAUAGGUUUUAACUUGGUUUUUGUUAAUAAAAACAAAACAAUAAAAACUUG